UCCAUUCUCAAUUUUCCUCCAUUAAACCAUCACCUUCACCAAAUCUUUAACCAAUUAGCCAAUGGAAGGUGUUUCCACCACUGUCUACCGAGGAAUCAGAGGCUACUGACGCCGCAAGGGCUACCAGCGCAUCGCCGGCGCCGGUCACAAGCAGAAGAUGCGAGUUGUAGAGCUAGGCGAUUCCGGCGGGGUGACGUGGCGGAGGUCGUGGCGCAUCAAGCUGACGCCGCGGCUGAAGCUUGUCGUGAAUCUCCUUCGAUUUCGCUAUCGUCAGAUCGAUCACGCCGCAGGCGAUGUCUCUGUCGCCGUCGGAAUCGAAGCGGUGCACCUCCGAUCUGAGGAUGUUCCAGCACACGUCCGAUCUAUCAGUUUCAGAGCAAAGAUCUCUCAGUUGUUCGGAUUUUGAGAAAUCUCGUUGCGUUUGGCUAUGAGUGAAGGUUCAAUUCGUAGGAGAAAUCAUUAGUUUAUUGUUUUUCUCUAGAAAUUUUGUUUCUCCGGCGUGAAUCGCGAGCGUAAGCGAGGUCAGAUCUGUGAUCAUAAUGGAGUUGCUGAUUCUCUACUAUAUGAAAAUAAGUUCAGAAUUUUGUAGCGGAUUGCUGUAACCGACUUCGUCCGUUUCUGAUUUUUCAGAUUUUUUUUUAUGGUGGUGUUGGUAUAUAAAUCAAUUCUCAAUUUCUAUUAUGCUUUGUGUUUCUGGAAAGUGUAUUUGGUGUUAAUUGUGAUAAAUGCAGUAUAUAUUGCAU